AUGUCCGGGGAUGAGGACUACUACUCAGACGAUGAACAAAACAAGAACUUGAGUAAGAAGGAGCUUCAGGAAUUGAAAAGAAAACAACAGAAAAAUAAAAAGAAAAAGGAGUCAAAGAAGCGUGCAAAAGCCACGAAGCAAACAGAAUCAGAAGUUCCAAAACCGGAAGAAACGAAAAAGGAGGAAACUGAUGAAGAUCUCGGAGUAGAAAUUGAAUAUGUCGGGGAGACGAUCGAAAUAGGACCUGAUAAUCCAAAUGCUCAGUAUUUUGCAGCUGUUUUUGACGCUUUCAAGAUUUCCACUGACUCAGAAGAUGGUGUCUCAUACGGCCAUCAUGUUUCAAAAGGCGAGAAAAAGGAUGAUUUGGGGAAGGUAGGACAAGCUGAACGGAUUCUUCAAGAAGAAAUGGAAGAAAGAGCAAAAGAAAAUACAGAUGAAAAGCUAUCUCGCCGAAAACUGAGAAUUUCUCUGCAACCAAGUAUUGCAAAACUCAAAGAAACUACAAUCCGUGCUGAUGUCGUCGAGUGGGCAGAUGUAACAUCUAGAGAUCCAUAUCUUCUGGUUGCUAUGAAAUCUUAUAGAAAUACUGUAUCAGUACCACGUCAUUGGAAUGCAAAACGAAAGUAUCUUGCUGGAAAAAGAGGAUUCGAACGUCCACCCUUUGAAUUGCCAGAUUUCAUCAAACGAACUGGAAUUCAGGAUAUGAGAGAGGCUCUUCUGGAAAAAGAAGAAAGCCAAAGUCUGAAAUCAAAAAUGCGAGAAAGAGCUCGUCCGAAACUCGGAAAAAUUGACAUAGACUACCAGAAACUUCACGAUGCAUUCUUUAAAUGGCAAACUAAACCAGCAAUGACCAAAAUGGGUGAAUUGUAUUAUGAAGGAAAGGAAAUGGAGGCAAUGAUGAGAGAUAAGAAGCCUGGAGAAAUGUCGGAUGAGUUGAGAAUUGCACUCGGAAUGCCAAUCGGGUCCAAUGCAUUCAAAUUCCCACCUCCUUGGUUGAUUGCUAUGCAACGUUAUGGUCCACCGCCAAGUUUCCCUCACAUUAAAAUUCCAGGAUUGAAUGCUCCAAUUCCAGAAGGAUGUGCUUUCGGUUACCACGCGGGAGGAUGGGGAAAACCACCAGUCGACGAGUAUGGUCACCCAUUGUAUGGAGAUGUAUUCGGAUUGUCAGCUCCCGCAUUCGAACCAGAAGACGAAUCACAAAUUGAACGUCGCUAUUGGGGAGAAAUCGGUUCAGAUGAGAGCAGUGAUGAAGAAGAAUCGGAAGAGGAAGAAGAUAUGGAUGAGGAUGAUGAGGACGAAGUUACAGGAGGAUUCCAAACACCAGCACCAGCUGAAGGAUUGAUCACACCAUCUGGAAUGACUACAGGAAUCACUGGAAUUGAGACUCCAGAUACAAUCGAGUUGAGAAAAGGAAAAGAGAGUUCAGUAUUGGGGACAGAUACACCAGCAGCUGCUUAUCAUAUUAUUCCGGAGAAGAAGAAUGAGAGAAUUGGCGGACAAAUGAUGGCGUCUACCCAUACCUACGAUCUUUCGAAGAAGCAUGCUGUUAGAGAUGACGGAGUUCAAAUUUCAUUGGAUCCCGAAUCUAUUGAUAUGGAUGAACAAGGACUUGCUGCUAGAUAUGAAGAACAGUUGAGAAAACAAAAACAUCGAGAUGAUGAUGAUGAGGAUAGAGAGGAUUUGACUGAUAUGGUUGCUGAGCAUACCGCUAAACAGAAUAGAAAGCGGAAAGUGCAAGACGACAAGAAGAACAAGACAUCCUCGUCAUCUUCAUCAUCUGGAACCAGUGGAAAGAAGCAUAAGGACUUCAAGUUCUAA